AUGCAACGUCUCACCACUGCUUCAAAGAUUGGAUAUAGAAGAACAAGUCAAUUAUUUUUCAGGAGAAAUAAUACAGGUUUAAUCAAUAAUUAUCGUAAUGUUGUUCGUCUAUCAAACCCCACAGAGAAUUGCUUUAAAAUGAAUAGUAUUAGAUAUAAAUCAUAUAGUAGAGUACCAAUUGGAGGGACAAAUAAAAACGCUAGUACCAAAGUGGCAACUAUUGAAUUUGAUACAUGGAAAGGUGCAGGUUUAAUGGCAAUAAUUGCAGCAGGAUUAUAUUAUUAUUUUAGAAAAGAGAAAAAACGUAUAAACGAAGAGAAAAUAAAACAAGCUACACAAGGAUAUGGUAAACCAGCUAUUGGUGGACCAUUUGAUCUCAUCGAUGCAAAUGGAGAAAAAUUUACUCAAGAGAAUUUGAAAAAACCAAAUACUAUUUCGUUGAUUUAUUUUGGGUUCACACAUUGCCCUGAUAUUUGUCCCGAUGAGUUAGACAAAUUGGGUAUAUGGUUAAAUACAUUAAAAGAUGGUUAUAAAGGAUACAAACUUCAGCCAAUUUUCAUUACGUGUGAUCCUGCAAGAGAUACCCCUGAAGUGAUCAAGGCUUAUUUGCAGGAUUUCCACCCAAGCAUUAUAGGCUUGACUGGUACAUAUGAAAAAGUUAGAAGUGCUUGUAAAGCCUUUAGAGUAUAUUUCAGUACACCUGAGAAUGUAAAGCCUGGGCAAGAUUAUUUGGUGGAUCAUUCAGUGUUUUUCUAUAUGAUGGAUUCUGAAGGUGAGUAUAUGGAUGUAUUAGGAAUGAAUAAUGAUGAAGAGACAGGUGUUUUAAAGAUUCAAAAAAAGAUUGAUGAAUACAUUGAAGAAAAGAAGGAAUCUAAGAAUGAAAGUAGCAAGAGUAAAAGAUGGUUUAGUUAA